GUUCGGAGCGAUCAGAGCCUAUCGAUAGCUCGCAACUCGCUCCAAAUCAAGGGGUGCUCGCCGAUCAGAGCCGAUCGACAGCCUGCGGCGGUGAACGCCGAGAUCUUGCCUGAGCUCGGCAUGGCUAGCGCGAACCAGGGAGGCGAGGUCCACAUCAACCACGGCAUGCUCUACCACCAGCUCGGCGUGCGCCGCGACGGGCUUUUCUACGGCGCGAUGUACGACAACCCCGGCGAGUUCGCGCGGCAGCUCCGCCCAGGAGCCGGACGGGCCGAGCAGCUUCUCGGCGUGCUACACGGCGCCCCCAGCAUGGUGUUCGAUGACUCCGGCGAGUUCACAAGGCAGCUCCACCCGGGCGCCGACGAGCUUCUCGGCGUGCUCCGCAGCACCCCUGUUGCGGUGUUCAACGAAUCCGGCGAAUUCGUGCGGCAGACUCUCCCGGGCGCCGGUCGCGACGAGGAGCUACUCGGCAUGCUCCGCGGCGUCCCCGGUGCGGUGUUCGUCGAUUGCGGCGAGUUCGCGCUACAGCCCCGGUCGGGCCCCGGACGCGGCGAGGAUUUUCUCGGCGCGCUCCGCGGCGCCCCUGGCGCGGUGUUCGACACCUCCGGCAACUUCGCGCGCCAGGCCAUCCCGGGCGCCGGACGCGGCGAGGAGCUUCUCCGCGCGCUCUGCGACGACUUCGUCGCCGUGUACGACAGCUCCGGCGCCCUGGCUGACAACCUCGGCACAGUGUACGACAACCCGGGCACGCUGGCCGAACACCUACGCCGCUGCCUUCCGGUCGCGGGACUCGUCGCCUCCUCCGCUGCUGUCACUGGGCUCGCUGCCGGCACGGCCUCACCGGCUGCGAGCUUUGGCUUCUUCGCGCUGUUUCUAACUGGCCUGUCAUUGGUCAUCCUCCAUGUGCUCCAUUUCCAAGCACAACCCGUCACCCCCUUGAGUUCGGAGCGAUCAGAGCCGAUCGAAAGCUCGCAACUCGCUCCAAAUCGAGGGGUGUUCGCCUGGUCGGAGAGGGAGCCCGCGAAGAUGCGCGGGGUGGCGAGGCCGGCGGCGGUGAACGCCGAGAUCUUGCCUGAGCUCGGCAUGGCUUGCGCGGACCAGGGAGGCGAGGUCCACAUCAACCACGGCAUGCUCUACAACCAGCUCGGCGUGCGCCGCGACGGGCCUUUCUACGGUGCGAUGUACGAAACCCCGGCGAGUUCGCGCGGCAGCUCCGCCCAGGCGCCGGACGCGCCGAGGAGCUUCUCGGCGUGCUACACGGCGCCCCCGGCGUGGUGUUCGACGACUCCGGCGAGUUCACGCGGUAGCUCCGCCCGGGCGCCGAGGAGCUUCUCGGCGUGCUCCGCGGCGCCCUGGUUGCGGUGUUCAACGAAUCCGGCGAGUUCGUGCGGCAGACGCGACGAGGAGCUACUCGGCAUGCUCCGCAGCGUCCCCGGUGCGGUGUUCGUCGACUGCGGCGAGUUCGCGCUACAGCCCCGGUCGGGCUCCGGACCCGGCGAGGAGCUUCUCGGCGCGCUCCGCGACGACUUCGUCGCCGUGUUCGACAGCUCUGGCAACUUCGCGCGCCAGGACCGCCUAGGCUCCGGACGCGGCGAGGGGCUUCUUGGCGUCCUCCGCGGCGCCCCCGGCACGGUGUUCGACAUGUGCGGCAACUUCGCGCGCCAGGCCUGCCUAGGCGCUGCACGCGGCGAGGAGCUUCUCGGCGUGCUCCGCAGCGCCCCCGGCGCGGUGUUCGACGCCUCUGGCAACUUCGCACGCCCAGCGCGCCCGGGCGCCGGACGCGGCGAGGAGCUUCUCGGCGCCCUCCGCGACGACUUCGUCGCCGUGUACGACAGCUCCGGCGCGCUGGCUGACAACCUCGGCACAGUGUACGGCAGCCCCAGCACGCCGGCCGAACACCUACGCCGCUGCCUUCCGGUCGCAGGACUCGUCGCGUCCUCCGCUGCUGUCACUGGGCUCGCCGCCGGCACGGCCUCACCGGCUGCGAGCUUUGGCUUCUUCGCGCUGUUUCUAACUGGCCUGUCACUGGUCAUCCUCCACGUGCUCCGCGCGUAGUCGCAUCCACCUGAUAAUUGAGUGAAAGGAAGCGAUGGAGCUGCUGUAGAUCAUGCUCCUUUCAACAAAAAAAUUAAAAGCUGUAGAUCAUGCGCGCGAUGGGCACAAUAGUUUGGUGCUGCGCUUAGAUUUGCUGGGAAUAUUCGGGCACUUGUCGUGUUUGGUUCUGGAGUCGAUUUGUUCCGUGUGUCGGCGUCAGGUUUUUGGUUUUGCUCUUGCUUUGGCCAUAGUGAAGUCGUCGUUUCACAUCUCUCUGUAAGAUAAGAAUAUGCACUCUGUUUAUCAUUGUGUUGGUAUGUAAUUUCACUUGUUUUUA